AUGGGGAAAAAACACGGACUGCUAAAUAUACUCCAGGCAGCUACACGGACCUACACGGCAACUACACGGACCUACACGGCAACUACACGAACCUACACGUCAGCAACAUGGACCAACACGUCAGCUACACGGACCAACACUUAUGAGGAAACCAAGAAGAAAGCCGAGUUUUUGUUGGCAAAGCAACCUCAUCGUCCAACGAUAGGCAUCAUCUGUGGGUCUGCUUUGAUGGGACUGGCCACGGGACUGGCCGAUAAGCUGGAGAAGAAAUGCACUGUACCAUACAAAGAUAUUCCUGGCUUCCCCCUUCAUACAGUUAAAGGAUACGUUGGUCAGGUCUACUUUGGGGAACUGAAUGGAAAGUCUGUGGUGGUGAUGCAGGGAGAUUUUCAUCUUUAUGAGGGACACUCACCAUUCAAGGUUAUUAUGCCUGUGCGUGUCCUGAAUCACAUGGGCGUGAAGACCCUGAUCGUAACGAAUGCUGGUGGUGGAAUGAAUCCUGACUACAAUGUCGGUGACAUCAUGCUCAUGAUUGAUCACAUUGGUAUUCCAACAAUGACCGGUUCAAAUCCCCUUCGUGGCUUGAACGACGAAAGGUUUGGGCCGAGAUUUCCCAACAUGUCUAAUGCCUAUGACAAGAAGCUGAGGGAACUCGCUUUGAAGGCUGCCCAGGACGUGCAGUGUUCAAGGUUUGUCAAAGAGGGCGUCUAUGUCAUGGUCGAAGGGCCGUCGUACGAGACUCCAGCUGAGCUGAGAUUUCUCAGAUCAUCAGUGGGAGCCGAUGUCGUAGGUAUGAGCACCGUCCCGGAAGUGAUAGCUGCAAGGCAUGGCGGGACGCGUGUCCUCGGUUUCUCACUCGUGACGAGGGCCUGUAACAUAGACCAUGCCACCGCAGGCGAGGAAGUCCUCGAGACCGUGAAAUCCCGCGUAGGAGUCCUGCAGGAUCUAAUUGUACAAGUUGUUGACAGGAUAAAUGGCGAGGAAUGAGAAUAACUCCGAUCCAGUCAGCUUGAUCCGCCCUCCUAGCUAGGGUUGCAAAAUUACCGGGAAUUUUCGCGGUGGAAACUAUAAUAACUGAUUAAGAUCACGAUCAACAAAAUUACAUGGACAGCUGAUCUGAAUUUGAUUGUUCCGUUUCUUUAAUCACUUCUCAAUAUCGAUCAACACACUCGGUAUCGAUACUACAUUCCUCUUCACCUUGGAUAGAAUGUAAAACCUUUCAAAUAAACUGAGUAUCCUUCAAAACUUCUAAACUUGUAUAAAAUAAUCAACAAAUGCAAUUAUCAAAGUAUUUUAACUUAACAUCAUUCUUUUUGUUUAUAAUAAAAAAUAAAGCUUAUUAUUCAAAACAUUAA